AUGCCCGAAGCAGCAGGAGGCGGCAAGUUGCCCAAAGCGACACAUUAUUUCAUUCUGCUUGAAUUGAUAGAGUCUAUAGAAAUGCACAUACUGAUAUCCCUGAACAUCUUAUUCCUGAGAAAUAAAUUGGGCUUCAGCACAAUACAGGUUAUAUCCUUAACACACUCAGCAGAUAUGAUUAAUUUAUUUUUAGCGCCAAUUGGAGCCCUGAUAAUAGAUAGCGGGGGAAAUAAAUAUGUCAUAAUGAUAUUGUAUUAUAUUCGAAGUAUGAUUAUUCAGGGAUUUGUAGUUUCAUCUUCGAUUCCUGAAUUGCGAUAUAUUGCGGAAUAUUUGGUAUAUGCAAGAUAUUCCGUUGGACUUAUUUUAAAUAUAAUUGUAUGCAGCGUUAUGGCACCAUUCCACGGAGAUCAAUUCAAUUUGCCCGAUCAAAAAGAUGCUUUUAAGAAAUUCUUUAGAAUUCUUUAUAUUAUGGAUAAAAUAGGAAUAAUCGUAGGAUUCAUUGUAGGUCCUGCAAUUAAGACAUACAUUGGAUGUCUAGGCGAACAAGAUUGCUAUUUUUUUUCAUUUAGUAUCAGUUUCAUCUUAGCUGUUUUAACGCUAUUCAUAUUCUUAAUAGGAACAAAGACUUAUAACAAUAUAAAACCCGAAAGAAACAUCGCUCUCGACAUAAUAAAGUGUAGUGGUUACGGAUUCGGUCAUUGGGUGAAAGAACGGAAAACUAAUCCAAAGGAGCAUUGGCUAGAUCACGCUGAACCAAAAUACGGAGCUGAAUUAGUCAAAGACAUCAAACAAUUAGGCAAGAUGGUUUUAAUUUUCACUGCUGUUCCUUUGUAUGAAUCCUUAUAUUGCCAGCUAGAUAGUGAAUGGUUAUUUCAAGCAACAAGAUUGGACGGCAGAAUUGGAUCUUUUACGAUUAUUCCAGAAUAUUUUCAAUUGAUACAUCCAAUUUUAGGCAUAAUUAUGAUACCUUUUCUAACACAUUAUUUCGAUGCCUUUCUAGAGAAGAUAAAGAUGGACAGAACUUUCAGAAAAAUGAUUUUCGGCGGCUUAAUGACCGUACUUGCUUUCGUCGCUGCUGGAUUUUUAGAAACAACAAUAAAACAAUCAGCUACGCCACAUCCUAAAAAGGGCGAAGCUCAAGUACGGAUGUAUAAUAAUUUCAACUGCACGUGCAUUGUCACUGCAUCGAGCCCCCUGCCCCAAUUUAUACAGAUUAACUCACAUGGUGCCUUCGAAAAUUUACAUGUACCCAUUAAAGGUAACACAAAAGUUCCAAUCUCCCUUAGUGGUGAAUGCAUUACAAAUACAGAGCAUGAAAUUUCUUUGGAACCAAAAUCAGCUACAUCAGUGUUUAUAACAAAUGUGGAUGGUGCGCCAACAGUUAACUCGCAUACAGCUGAAAUAGAUUCUCACGCUGAUACUGGGUUGCCAGAACUAACAGUAAUUGGUGCAAAAAAAGAAGACUCUCUAAUAAUAAGAGAUUCUAAAGAUGUGGAAAUAUAUUUAAAUGUUGAACCAACAAUGGUUGCAGGACAAGCUAUAGUCACGGAAUCGAAUAGAAUCGUAGAAGUUGAACCAGAAUCUUAUGUUUUAGAAUUAAACGGAAGAGACAUUUAUAAUUUUGCUAUGCACUCUGGCGGAAAAUAUGCUAUCAUUAUAAGUGAAGAUAGUGUAGAUUUUUUUACAGUGACAGAGCCAAAUAGUGUUCAUAUGCUCUGGAUGAUACCUCAAAGCGUAUUAUUAGUCUUCGGAGAAGUAUAUUUUGGUAUCACACUACAUGAAUUUACAUACAGUGAAGCGCCAAAAUCUUUGAAAACUUUUAUAAAUGCUCUUCUCCAUUUUGCAAUGGGAAUUGGGCACUUAUUUUUAGUAACAGUUGUCAAUUUUCUACAUAUGGAUUUGGAUUACGAAUUUUAUUUUUUUGCAGCUGUGCUUUUGUUAAACAUGUGCUAUUUUACUAUUUUAGCUUUUUUCUACAAAUCUCUACAAACUGACGAAAAAUUAAUAUAA